GCGCAGCGGGCGUGUAGUCGAGCCAGGCGCCAUGUCCGGCCGUGGCAAGAGCGGCGGUAAGGCCCGCGCUAAGGCCAAGUCUCGCUCGUCCCGGGCUGGGCUGCAGUUCCCGGUCGGGCGCGUUCACCGGUUGUUGCGGCGCGGGCACUACGCGGAGCGGGUGGGGGCUGGCGCGCCCGUGUACCUAGCGGCCGUGCUCGAGUACCUAACGGCCGAGAUCCUGGAGCUGGCGGGCAACGCGGCGCGGGACAACAAGAAGACGCGGAUCAUCCCCCGUCACCUGCAGCUGGCGGUGCGCAACGACGAGGAGCUCAACAAGCUGCUGGGCGGCGUCACUAUCGCGCAGGGCGGCGUCCUGCCCAACAUCCAGGCCGUGCUGCUGCCCAAGAAGACGAGCGGCGGCGCUGCGAGCCCCGCCAAGGCCGGCAAGAAGGGCAGCGGGCAACAGUCACAGGAGUACUAGGCCGGCCGCUCCUCCAGCGCCACACAAAGGCCCUUUUCAGGGCCACCCCAUUGCUCACGGGGAGAGCUGUAAUCCGCGGAGGGGAGGGGAGGGGAGGGGGAUCGGGCCGGCUGCGACGAACAAGCAGGAAUCGGCCCGAGGCCCGUCAGACACCGAACACGAGCUGCUCCGUAAGGGCUGGUGAUUUGCUUGUAUUUACCUUUCUUCCCUUCAGUGGACGUUGCAUAGAGAAUAAACAGUGCUUCGUUUACGAAACAGGACCCCAAGAGGGUGCCAUUUCAGUAUUUCUACAAGGCACUGUAACACACAAGGCUCGCUGGGAGGAUGGUGAGCCAGUAAUGAGUACAAGAAAUCAAAGUAAAAGGAAGGAGCUGUUAUAAAGAAAAGCACAAUAGCCCAAAUUUGGACUUCUGCUUCAGCUCCCCAUUCACUGGCUAGUGGAGAUGAACUGGUUCACAUUACCCUUCUGGACAAGCACUCUAAGGCUGUUCACGCCCUCAUUUAAUCCUGACAAAUUGGCAAAUCUGCAUCUACCUGAUAACUGCAAACUUAAUUUACCUUAACUGAGACCGAGGGUGAAAGUGGUAUCUGUGCUACUUUACUAAAAGGAACAUGGUAUCAUCAACCUGAUGGGAGCCUUCAGUGGUCCAGUGAGUGAACUGGUCCAAAUAAG